AUGCCUCGUUUAGAGUUACAAGCUGCUGUUAUGGCAUCGAGACCGUAUGCUACACUUAAGGAAGAGAUGUCUCUGAAAUUUGAUAGAGUUAUAUUCUUUUCGGAGAGUAUCAUCGCUUUGUCAUGGAUACGGGGUCAGUCUAGACUCUACAAGUCAUUUGUGGCUAACAAAGUUGCUGAAAUUCAGAACAAAACCGAUCCGGCAGACUGGCGUCAUAUACCUGGAGAACAUAACAUUGCCGACCAAGUGUCCAGAGGGAUUAAAGUCAAAGAUUUGGAACAUGACUGGAAGAAUGGACCUGCUUUUCUGAAGCUUCCAGAAGAACAAUGGCCGAAAUCUAUUCCGAAGGCAGAUGUCAAAGAACUUGACAAAGAAAAGAAGAAGGAAAAAACCAUUUUGAUAGUUAAUGCAGAAGACAAGAAGGCCAUCGACUGUAAGAAAUAUUCUAGUUGGAGAAAGCUAAUACGAUUUACAGCGUACGUGUUUAGAUUUAUCUCUAAUAUGAAAGCUAAGUGCAGAGUAGAAGAUGGAUCACUGUCAACCAAUGAGUUAUCCAUUGCUGAAGGCUAUUGGAUAUUCGAAGCUCAAAAACAUAUCCAUGGUAAAGUUUAA